GGCUGCGGGUCUGCCGACAGGCUUCCCCUUCCCCGCUGCCGGAGCUCCGGCGUCGCUGCGCGGUGGCGCGCGGGGGUCCGUAGCGCGGGUCCUGGCAGCGCGCCAUCUACACCGAGCGCCAUGGCCGCGGCCGGCGGGCCAGGAGCGGCCGGACGCUGCCCUCUCCUCAGCCUCCUUUUGCUUCUGCUGAUCGCAGGCCCUGCCCUGGGCUGGCACGACCCUGACAGAAUAUUGUUGCGGGAUGUAAAAGCUCUUACCCUCCACUAUGACCGCUAUACCACCUCCCGAAGGCUGGAUCCAAUCCCACAGUUGAAAUGUGUUGGAGGCACAGCUGGAUGUGAUUCUUAUACCCCAAAAGUCAUACAGUGUCAGAACAAAGGCUGGGAUGGUUAUGAUGUACAGUGGGAAUGUAAGACCGAUUUAGAUAUUGCAUACAAAUUUGGAAAAACUGUGGUGAGCUGUGAAGGCUAUGAAUCCUCUGAAGACCAGUAUGUGCUAAGAGGUUCCUGUGGCUUGGAGUAUCACUUAGAUUACACAGAACUUGGCCUGAAGAAAUUGAGAGAAUCUGGAAAAAACCAUGGCUUUAACUCUUUCUCUAAUUAUUAUAAUAAGUUGUACUCCCCAGAUUCCUGUGGCAUCAGUGGAUUGAUUACCAUCGUGGUGCUGCUUGCUAUUGCCUUUGGAGUUUAUAAGUUGUUCCUUAGUGAUGGUCAAGAUUCUCCUCCACCAUAUUCUGAGUAUCCUCCAUAUUCCCAUCGUUAUCAGAGAUUCACCAACUCAGCAGGACCCCCUCCCGCAGGCUUUAAGUCUGAGUUCACAGGACCGCAUGGGGCAGCUUCUGGUUUUGGCAGUGCUUUCACAGGGCAACAAGGAUAUGGAAGUUCAGGACCAGGGUUCUGGACUGGCUUGGGGACUGGAGGAAUAUUAGGAUAUUUGUUUGGCAGCAAUAGAGCAACAACACCCUUCUCAGACUCGUGGUACUACCCAUCCCAUCCUCCCUCAUACUCCAGCACGUGGAAUAGCCGUGCUUACUCGCCACUUCGCGGAGGCUCAGAGGGCUAUUCAGCAUAUUCAAGCUCAGAGACAAGAACCAGAACAGCAUCAGGAUAUGGUGGUACCAGAAGACGAUAAGAAAGUGAAAAGUUGAAGUCAAACGUUGGAUGCAAAAUUUCUGAUUUUUCAUCACUUUCUCUUAAAAAAAAAGUGCUACCUGCUAACAACUGGGGAAAGGGCAUAUUCAAAAGUUCUGUGGUGUGUUGUCCUGUAUAGCUUUUUGUAUUCUGUUAUUUGAGGCUGAGAGUUGAUAUUUGACAAAAUGCUUAUGUAGAGAAUUGUAUGUUAGUGUAACAUGCAGAUGUAUAUUAUAGUUUUUGAAAGUGUGGAAUGCUGAAAAUGUAUUGUUUGAUUUCUAAAACCUGUGAUGCCAUAAGAAGCGUUAAGAAUGAAGGCUUUAUACCAAUAGGAACUGAGUACAGAACAUUUUCAUCUUAGAUGGUUUUAGUUGAGUCAUUACCUCAUAGAAACAAUAAUAAUCUAUUUGUUCUUUAUUACUUGGUGUUUGCUGUCUUCAAACAUUUAAACCGAGCUUUGGACUACUAAUUAUACUAAUGUCUGGGUUUUGAUCACUUUUGAGCUCAGGAGCUUUGAGUCCUUCAGUGGGUGGUGGGGUUCUAGUAAGUGAGAAUUACCUUUGUUAGGAAAAGGUAGAAAGUCAGUAUCUGGAAGACUGUUGUGAAUGAUUGUGUGCUGACAAAAAUGCUUGAAACCUCCAUAUUUAUUUCUCGAGGUGAAGUUCGAAUGCUUCAACAAAGGUUUUUUAACAGCAAAAGCAUGCAGUUCUCUGUGGAAUCUCAAAUAUUGUUGUAGCAGUCUGUUUCAAUCUUACAUUAAAAUGACAGAAAAAAUAAAAACAAACGGGUUUUAUUCUUGUUCUUUCUAACAGUCCUGACGCUAAUUGGUGUUACUUUUUUACCCUUUUUCCCAAUGGAAAAGGGGUUCAUAAAAUUCUGUCUCCCUCAACAAUAAUUUCGCGUGGUAGUCUUGCCUUAGCUACCAGUCAUUUGGUAAAUAUUUUCAAAAACGUAAUUUAGAAAUGGUAUAGAAGAAGGCCUCUGCUAAAAAAUUGCUUUUUUUAAAAAAAAAAAUUAACUCUCCAAGCUCCUGACCCCUCAAAGAUGGCACAGUCUCUCUUAGUUAAGCUCUGUGACCUGAGAGUCUCAUUUUUACCUUUUAGAAACCAUUUGAAAACAAACAGACCCUUGUUUAGACUUUAAAAUGUGAGUUAGGGAGUAGUUGAAAGGGUAUUGUGUAUAGAUCUAUCCUUUCUUUAUCAGUAAAACUUGGUAGAAAUUUUAAUUUAUGUUAAAGAGGAAACAAUUUUUUUUCAGGAAUAUUGCACUAAAUCCUUACCCCAUUUUCCUUAGUAGAAGGAGAUGGAAUGAAAGAUAAUGCAGUUUAUUUAUUGUCUUUUUCCCCAUUUGCCUAUUGUUUUGGGUUUUAGUUUAUUUAUUUAUUUAUUUUUGCUACAGGCGUUGAUAAUCUUGCAUUGAGUGUGUUUUACUUGGAGAGAAAAGUAAAAAAAAUUAAUUGAAAACUGCUGUAGAUUGGGCCAGUGAUAGUGAUCUGCAUAUUAAAUUUGCUGUUCUUACAA